AUGAUUGAAAGGGAAGUCUCCCCCCCGCCCCCCGCCCCUCCGCAGUCGACACUCCGUGUACUUUCUGCCCCGUACCACCGGGGAACCGAAAGCUUGUCAGAUGCAAAAGAAAACGGAUGGGGCGGGGGUGGGAGACCGGACUGCUGUGCAACACUCGCAGGCAACCUGGGAGAGCGCGGAGGGCGGGAGCAAGCCGCAGCGCCCCCUCCCCAACCUCCCCCGAGGCUGAAGCCUCCGCCCAGCUGCUGUGGGAGGGGGUGCUUCUGGGCGGAGGACAGGGGUGACCGCAGGCGGAUCCGCCGGCGUGGCGCGCUUCCCAGAGGAGAGGGGCAAGGGGCAGGGUUCCAGGAGACGUCCCUCGCGCUCCGGGCUGGAGAGCUCCGGAGACCGAACGGUGUCAAGGCCAGAGGAAGCUGCAGGGCGCGCUGCAAGGAGGCGAGCGCCGCCCGGCCUUGGCGCGCUGUGGGCGACUCCCAGGACGGCGCGGCCGGGACGCCGCGAGCCGUGGGGCGUCCGGAGGGUCCCGGAGGAGGACGGGGCACCAGAGUCAUACAGCCGUGCCAGCAGCAUGCCCUCGGCCUCCCGGGCUUUGUGAGGAGGUCUGAAGAUGGGGACAGGGGCUUGGGAGUACGGGGGCGCGGUGAAGAAGCCCACGGGAAAGAAAGUGAAAUAUGGGGACCAAGUUUAAAAAAAAAAAACCGCGCGAGAGAAGAGGCCAUUGCGAGUGGAAGAAGUGAGGUUAGCACAAGGGAAGGAAUCCUGAAACCAAGUCUCCGCGCAGCGCUCCGCCCGCCCGCAUCGCAGCGAGGCUCCGAUGUCCUCAACGAAAACAAAGUGGGCUCCGCACGGCUUUCCCCCAGGCGCGUGACCACCCGGACCUUCUUCCAAGAAAGACGAGCUGGAGGGUAUCGAAGGCGGAGGCAACUUCGAAAAGAGGUGCGGGGAGAAGGACCGGACAGAGGCCAGGGUUGCUGCACGUCCAUCCUCUCCGCCCCGGAGAAGCCUUCACAAAAGAGAAAUCCCUGCAAACAGAUUCAACUUCCCACCGAUUGGAAGCUGCUUUGCCACUGUUUUAUGUAAAAGCAAAGCGGGGAGUGCUCCUUCCUGAAAAAACCAGUGGUAAAGAGGAUGAAGGAAAUAAACUUAUGUUUGGAGUAUUAUCUAUCUCACACGAAGGAAAAUCAACAUGGGGCCACAAUGCUUUCCUCCUUUCCUCCACCUCACAAUUCCCUUUCCUGGCCGAAAGAAC